UCCCUCCCUCCAAUCCAGCCCUUCCACUGUGACUGGGGCCGCUUUGCCAGAACAGCAGGUCCAUACAGAGCGAGUGGCUCAGCCCGCCUUUCCUCCCCUCCCCUCCCCCUCUUUCCUCUCUCUCUCUCUCUCUCUCUGUGCUGUGGAAAAGCGUGCCCUUCCCGGCCUCUUCCUCUCCCUUCCUCGGCGAAACAGAGCCCAGUGAUGGGCUGGGUCUCCUCCUCCUCCUCCUCUUCCUCCUUUCCCUCCCUUUCUCCUGCUUGGAUGCUGGAAGCCGGGAGGAGCGGUGGCACUGGCUCCUAGGCUGCGGGUUUGCUUUGGAAGAAGAGGGUUCGGAUGGUGGAAGGGGGCUGAAGAGGGAUGCUGCUGAAAAGCCUGGCGCUUCUGGAGCCCCGAGCCCAGGCAGCUGGAAGAGGAGGAGGAGGAGGAGGAGAGGAAGAGGAGAGGAAGAAGAGGAAGAGGACGGAGGCUCCCUCGCGCCCGGCUGGCCAGCCCUACCAUGCCCAGAGCGCGCGGGAAGAGGAAGAAGAGGAGGCUUAAAGGGGCGGCGGAGGAGGAAGAGGAAGAGGCCUCCGCCUGGGGCGCUGGGAAGGAAUGGUGUGAGGCCGGAGGAGGAAGGCGACGAGGAGGAGGAGGAGGAGGAGGGAAGCAACGGGAAGCAGACAGGGGCCAAGGGGAAACGGCGCCUCCAAACUGCUGCUACUGCUGAGGAGAAAGUUGACCUCUUCCAUGGAAAGCGAGAUAACAUGUAUGCUUGCUGCUCUACGGUGACUCUGGAGCAGGAUCUCAACAGGAAAAUGCAUAUCUGGAUGGUGCAAACCAUAGCCUUUGCUUUAACAUCUCUAGUCCUGGCGUGGGCAGAGAGCAUCGAGUAUUAUGGGGAGAUCUGUGACAACAAAUGCCCUUGUGAGGAAAAGGAUGGCAUCUUAACGGUGAGCUGUGAGAACCGAGGGAUCAUCAACCUCUCUGAGAUUAGCCCUCCAAAAUUCUCCAUCUACCAUCUCCUGCUGUCUGGAAAUCUCCUCAAUAGACUUUAUCCCAACCAAUUUGUCAAUUACACUGGGGCCUCAAUUUUGCAUCUGGGUGGUAAUGACAUCCAGGACAUUGAAACAGGAGCCUUUCACGGACUGAGAGGCUUAAGGAGGUUGCAUUUGAACAACAACAAGCUGGAGGCACUGAGGGAUGACACUUUUGUGGGCCUGGAGAGCUUAGAGUACCUCCAAGUUGAUUACAAUUACAUCAGUGUUAUUGAACCCAACACUUUCAGCAAGCUGCACCUCCUGCAAGUACUGAUUUUGAAUGACAACCUCCUCUCUUCAUUGCCUAACAAUCUCUUUCGAUUUGUGCCCUUGACACACCUCGAUCUGAGGGGGAACCGGUUGAAGCUACUCCCUUAUCUGGGCCUCCUGCAGCACAUGGAUAAGGUUGUGGAGUUGCAGCUGGAGGAGAACCCAUGGAACUGCUCCUGUGAAUUGAUAGCUCUAAAGGAUUGGUUGGACAGUAUCUCCUAUUCAGCCUUGGUAGGGGAUGUGGUUUGUGAAACCCCUUUCCGUUUGCAUGGGAGGGAUUUGGAUGAAGUUUCCAAGCAGGAGCUUUGCCCAAGGAGACUCAUUUCAGAUUAUGAGAUGAGGCCACAGACACCACUUAGCACCACAGGGUACUUUCAUACCACACCAGCCUCUGUAAAUUCAGUGGCUACAUCUUCCUCGGCUGUUUACAAAUCACCUUUAAAGCCCAAGGGGACUCGCCAGCCCAACAAGUCUAGGGUGCGUCCCACCUCCCGUUUGCCCUCCAAGGAUUUGGGAUACAGCAAUUAUGGACCCAGCAUUGCUUACCAGACCAAAUCCCCGGUGCCUUUGGAGUGUCCUACAGCUUGCACUUGCAACCUUCAAAUCUCUGAUUUGGGCCUCAAUGUCAACUGCCAAGAGAGGAAGAUUGAGAGUAUCUCAGAACUUCAACCCAAGCCGUACAACCCUAAGAAAAUGUAUUUGACUGAGAAUUACAUUGCUCUCGUGCGCAGGUCAGAUUUCCUGGAUGCUACCGGGCUGGAUUUGCUCCACCUGGGCAAUAACCGUAUCUCAGUUAUUCAGGACAGGGCCUUUGGGGAUCUUACUAACUUGAGGAGGCUGUAUCUGAAUGGAAACCGUAUUGAGAAACUGAACCGGGAAAUUUUUUAUGGGCUUCAGAGUUUGCAGUACCUCUUUCUGCAAUAUAAUGUGAUCCGGGAGAUCGAACCAGGCACUUUUGAUCCUGUGCCCAAUUUACAGCUCUUGUUUCUCAACAACAAUCUUUUGAGAUCAUUACCUGUGGGCAUUUUUUCUGGCUUAACUCUAUACAGGUUGAACCUGAGGAGCAACCAUUUCUCCUACCUUCCGGUUAGUGGGGUGCUUGACCAGCUGAAAUCCCUGCUUCAGAUAGAUCUUCAUGAGAAUCCAUGGGAUUGUACAUGUGAUGUUGUGGGCAUGAAGUUAUGGCUUGAACAACUCAAUACAGGAGUCCUUGUAGAUCAGGUAAUCUGUGAAUCCCCUAAGAAAUUUGCUGAGAAUUACAUGAGGAACAUCAAAGCAGAGCUGCUAUGUCCAGACUACUCUGACAUCAUUGUUUCCACACCCACACCAUCCUCCAUGCAGGGACCAGCAAGGACCACCCCCUUCUCGGGGCAGUUCAAUAGCACCUUGGAGGAAGAUGACUCAGCAUCACCUUCUGGUGGCUCUUCUUCCUCCUCUUCUUCCACGGUGCCUUUGUCGGUGCUUAUCCUCAGCUUGCUUCUGGUAUUUAUCAUGUCUGUAUUUGUGGCUGCAGGCCUCUUUGUGUUGGUUAUGAAGCGCAGGAAGAAGGUUCAAGGAGACCAUGCCAGCACCAACAACUCAGAUGUCAGUUCCUUCAACAUGCAGUACAGUGUCUACACUGGUGGGGGAGCUCCCCAUUCUCACCCCCAUGCCCAUCACCAGCAGCACCAACAGCAUCUUCACCGUGGAGGAGGAGGAGGUGGCCCAGCUUUGCCUAAGGUGAAAACCCCUGCAGGACACGUCUAUGAGUACAUCCCUCACCCUUUAGGCCACAUGUGCAAGAACCCAAUCUACCGCUCUAGAGAGGGCAAUGCAGGUGAGGAUUACAAAGAUCUUCAUGAACUCAAGGUGACCUACAGCAAUCAUCACCUUCAGCCCCAGCCCCCACCACCCCCACCGGCCUUGGGGCAACCUCCAGCAGUUCCAGGGGUCCAAGAGGAGACCCUACGGAGCCCCACGUACAGUGUGAGCACCAUUGAUCCUCGAGAUGAGUUGCUUUCCCCUGUUCAGGAUGCUGAUUGUUUUUACAGGGGCAUUUUGGAGCCCGACAAACAUCCUUCUUCCACCUUGGGGGGUAGUGCCCUUCCUGAGUACCCUAAAUUCCCCCCUACUGCCUACACCUACUCCCCUAACUAUGACCUUAGACGCCCCCCUCAUCCCUAUUUGCAUCCCGGCCCAGGGGACAGUAGGCUACGGGAGACAGUGCUCUAUACACCCCCAAGCACUGUAUUUGUAGAGCCUAACAGGAACGAAUACCUGGAGCUUAAAGCAAAGCUAAAUGCAGAGCCGGACUACCUCGAAGUGUUGGAAAAACAGACCACAUUCAGUCAGUUCUGAGACAUCCUUUCCUCUCAUCCUUCUCUCCUAGAGCAUUUGUAUUUAAUAACCACACACAAAGAAACACAAUGUUGAUCUCCUCCCCUCCACCUCUUUUUGCCUCCCCAAACUGCCUUUGCUUCAUUUUGUUGGAAGGUGAAGUGCCUUGGCACAAGAAUUUCCAGCUUCGGGAAACCUAGCAAAAGGGUGUGCUGAUUCCAUAGAGAUUCUCUUUCUCUCUUUUCAUUCUGCUUUUCUUCUCUCCUUUUUUCUCACUUUCUCCCCCUUUCUCCCCCCCUCUUAUUCUCUCUUCUAUAGCCAGCAGGAACCAAUUGAUUGUGUGAACUAGGCACAGAAUUCUCUCACCCUUUUGUGGUGUGUGUUGUGCUAGGGGAGGCAUUGAGGUGUGGGCAAAAGACAAAGAAAACAAGGUGGCCCUGUGGCUGGAUGUCAAGUCAUAGGAAUCACUUUAUCCCUUUAUGUUAUGUUGGAUAUGCACAGCUGACCAUCUUGGCUUUGUUUGCUUUCCCUCUACGCCACCUUGGUGGAAAAGUGCAGGGCACCAAAUUCCAUUUUAGCCAUGGAUCAGUCUAAGUGGCUUUUGGGGAGGGGAGGGGGGCAAGAUUAGCACACCCUGACUUUAAUACAAGGUUGUUUGUUCUUUCCCUUUCCUUUUUUAAGAAAAAGAAAAAAAGAAAAGAAAACAAAGGAUGUAUUUGUAUGUUUCUGGACUUUUGAAUUAAAAAUCAACAUUAUGAUCUUUCAAAGGAUCAUCAUAGAUGUGGACAAAUCAAUAAAGAGUUCAGAGAUAUAUGAUCCAUAAUUGAUUAGUAAAAAUAACUUAUUGAAAUAUAUACAAAACAUAUUUUAUUGUAGCUCCUAUUUUUAUAUACACAAUAGCAUUUCUUUCACUUUUAGGAUCCAGUUCUCCUAAACAGAAGAGAUUGUAAGGCCACCUCAUGCAAUAUGAGGUAUUUUGUUCUUUAGAUUUAGACCUAAAAUGUGACAAAACAGAUGUUUAAAAUAUGUAUCAUGCAACCAUACUGGAAACAUUAAGCAAGGAGUGACACUGAUUUUCUGUUGAAUGUACAUUUGGUAGCAUACAUCACUUGGUUGUCUGAGUAAACAUCCUGAAAAUACUUAAGAUGUUAUCCUGCAAACAGAUAAAUUUUCACUCGGGAUUUAAGUUUCAUAACUGAGCACAGAAUUGAAGAGUUGUGCGUAUGUGUAAGCUUUGUGGAAGGUUGUGCACAUUUCUGUGUUGGAUAGAGCAAUGUUCCUGUUCAGCCAUUGCACCAAAAGCCUCUCCCCAACCUGCAGGGCAGAUGAUCUUUCCAGAUGUGGGCCAUAGGUUGUGAUUUGUUCCAAAGCAUUCAGAUGCAUUUCUAGGUCUCUUUCCAAUGCUUUAACCAUCACUGGAGAAUGUCAAGAAUCAAUGAAAUUGUUAAUAACCAAAAUGACCAAAACCUAACAGACAAUCCAAGGCAAAUAUAAAAUUAAAAAGUGGGUCAGGGAGAAAAAAGAAGCAUAAGAUAUAUUUUGUUGUUGCUACUGUUCAUGAAUUAUUAAUCUAAGGAGCUUUCUGCCAGGGAGACUAAUUGGACUAAUUAGUGAGGGACAUGCAGAAAGUGUAUGUCUAAGCAGGGGUGGUGGAGUUGGUUUAUAGUCAUACGUCAGCCCCAAUAUCUCAGUUUGAUGACUUCUGUAGCCAAUUUUGGAUUGUUCAAUCAACUAGAAUUGUACAUAUCCAUGUUUGUACUGCCACCCACAAAGGCCAAAUGACAGACAGUGCAGGUCUAUGUAAGAGAUAUAAUUUCUUAAGCCCUUUAGUUAGCUAGCAUGGGCCAAGAGAUCCAUUAACCACGGCAUCACUGUAAGAUGGGACAGUUUGUGGUCUCAUAUGUAUCCCAGCACAUGUAUUUUUUUAAAUAGUUUAUGAAUAAACACUUGAUAACAAUUUCAAA